AUGUAUGGCACGAAAACUCAACCACCAAAGGGUCACGUACGCAGACUCACAGCCUCGGAACUAGUGCUUCCUCUGCCUGAUGCUCCCGGCGGCCACCGACUGGGAGUGAACGGGCUGGCAGUCGACCGUCAGAACUCCAUUCUUUACUCCGCCGGGCGUGACGGUGUCGUUUGCUCGUGGGACCUCGACUGCUCGCUGGCUCAGCUGCAUGCCUCUAAUCCCUAUUCGUCGUCCAAGCACACCCCCGGUCCAACACGCUUCAAGACACAAGUGCAGGCUCACAGCCACUGGAUCAAUGACAUUGUCUUGACCCACAACAACUCGGCCCUGGUGUCGGCCUCGUCGGACACCACUGUUCGACUGUGGCGGCCACAUUCAGAGUCGACUGAUGUUCCAGAACGCAUCGGAAAGCACAGUGAUUAUGUCAAGACACUUGCGACUCCCAGUGGUCAGGCCACGUGGGUUGCAUCGGGAGGCCUCGAUCACAAAUUGUACCUAUGGGAUCUCAGCGGCGCCGGUGAGAUUCUCAGUAUCAAUGCCGAGGGAGACGAUACUACCGAGAAAGGGUCCGUCUAUGCCCUCGGCGCGGUGAAUUCCGUGCUGGCCAGUGGAGGGCCCGAAAAUGUAGUUCGCGUCUGGGACCCUAAAUCGGGCAAACUGGUCACCAAAUUUGUCGGUCACACCGACACCAUUCGCGACAUUCUGGUCAAUGAGGCGGGAGAUACGAUCCUCACUGCAUCGUCGGACCAGACGAUCAAGGUCUGGUCGCUCACGGCGGGUCGCUGCAUGAACACCUUAACAAUGCACAAUGACAGCGUCUGGUCGCUGUUCUCAGACGAGCCAGAUCUGUCGGUAUUCUAUUCGAGUGACCGAUCCGGGUUGGUUGCGAAGACGGACACCCGCAGAUCGGCCGAUAUCGAGCAAGGUACCUGCGUUGCAGCCCUGCAGGAACACGAAGGUGUUGUCAAGGUGGUGGCGGCUAGCGACUUUAUCUGGACGGCUACUCCCAAAUCAGGUAUCAACCGCUGGAGAAAUGUUGAUACCACCCUGGACAUUGAGACGCCACCUCAUCCUCGACGCGUUCCCGACUCGCCAGAGGUGCCACCCGAGACUCCCAAGCCCGAGACUCCAACAAAGGAGACCCCGAAGACUAUUCCCUUCUCCGCAAUCCUGCAGCUCACAGCUACUUCCGAGCUGAUUCGCCCUGCUCCAUCCUGCGGUGUGCAGUCUGGACUGCCUGGGCUGGAAGGAGAUCUCGAUAUGGCAACUCCUGUGCACUCGGCGCCAGAGGAAACGAUAGAGGGCCAGCAUGGUCUCAUCAAGAGCUUGAUGCUGAAUGACCGGAAACGUACGCUCACGCAAGACUCGGCAGGGGAGGUGGUCCUGUGGGAUCUACUCAAGUGCGUUCCCGUCCAGUCAUUUGGAAAGCGCCACAUCGAUGAUGUUGCGAGCGAAAUCAACACCACUGAAAGUAUCUCCCAUUGGUGUACCAUUGACAUCCGAACGGGACGAUUGUCAGUCAUUCUUGAACCCAAUCGUUGUUUCGAUGCCGAGGUCUAUGCGGAUGAGGCUGAUCUGUCCCCGGCUGAUCUAGCCCAGUUCCGGGAUGAUCAGCGCAUCAACCUGGGUAAAUGGAUUCUCCGCUGGCUUUUCGCUCCGUUGGUCGACGAACAGAUUCGACGCGACAAAGACUACCGCGAUGCCGCACUCGCCAGAGCAGAGGAACGAGCCAAACUAUUUCCCAAGAGCCCAUUUACGCCUGGAUACGAAAUCCCUCGUAGCACAGGCAUUCCGAUUCACAAUGAUCUGUCAAUGACUACCUUGCGUCCUGGCACGGACUUCCCAGGAAGUCCCACGACGCCCGGUUUCGGCAUUCAUGCAGGCACCCCGGGCCCGGCAGCUGCUUUGAGCUCGUCGAUGCAAAGUCACUCGUUCCUCUCACCCACCGACGUUGACAUACCAGAUGGGCUGUCGUCGGGUAAUCUCCAGCAUGAUGGAGGGCCAUCGUCCUUUUCAGAGAAACACGGAGAUUACUUCUCCUCUCGCCACGCCCGUAAUGACAAUGACAAAGCACCCAUGUCACCUUUCGAUGGCGCUUCUAACCCGGCACUCCCGCAAUCGCCAGCGGAGCCUGAAAAAGAAGAGAAGCGAAAGGGAUCGUUCUUUGGCAAGAAAUUGAACUUCCCCAAGAAGCUGGGUCGCACAUCCACGGAGACUAAGCCGCAGGUCCCGGAUGAGAAGCCUGAAGAGUCCGAAGUCUCAUCUGUAAAGGAAGAGAAGGUGUACGAGACGAACAUUAGUGGGGUUAUCGAACGGAUUCAUGACGAGUACGAGGACUAUCUGGCCCAAAAUCCGAAUUGCAAAGAAUUGAGCUCCACAAUCACACCAAGCGCAGAAAAUGAGACGCCUCGGUUGGAUAUUCCAUCGCGAACGGCAGUGUUCAUUCAAGAAGAGACCGGUGACACCGCCGUGGCUUCAGACCUCUAUCGUGGAAACGUGGGCCUUAUUGGCCAGGAUGUUGAACGAUUGGAGAAGGCUAUCCCCCAUUGGCUUGGAGAGCUGCUACUGAAGAAUUCAAUACCGUUCAAGGAGCAAGUCAAGAUUGCCUUUGUCUUGAAACCAUUCGACGAUUCCUUGCCUCCUGUGGCUAAACCUGAUCCACCAAGUGCGAUGACUGGGCCAGGGAAUAAUGCCAACACUAAUUCACGCCUCAACGCAAAUCGCAUGCUCCGAACUAAAAAGGUGUUGGCCUACGUUGCCGAGCGCAUCGACCCCCCGAAUCCCGAUGAUCCCGAAUCCAACCAGAUGCCGCCGGAGGAGUAUCUCGAGCUUUACUGCCAGAAGAUGCUCUGCCCGCCUAACAUGACACUUGCCACCAUCCGAACGCAUCUUUGGCGCACCUCUGGUGACAUGAUCCUCCACUACAAGGCAAAUGGCAAAAAGCAAAUUCAUCCCCCGCCUGGAUUGACGGACCCUGACACUCAUGGUUUGCCAACGGUCGAGGGCCACGUUCUUAAUGGGGAUCGUACAGCAGCUCCAUCGAGCAUUCACUCCAUGACGAAUUCAGGGUCGGUUGCUGGCUCGGCUGCUGCCUAA